AUAUGGAAGCCGUCGAUCUUUAAAUGGCAACUGAAUUAGGAAGACCUUUCCGAAUAGCUCUUAUUGUUCUAUUUUGUUUCAUAUACGGUUAUUUAGCAGCGACAAAAAAUUACAAAGUUCAACUAACUGGUAUCACAUGCAAAUAUAAUUCCAAAUAUGCAGCAAAUGCAUCAUGUUCACUUACCGACCCUCCGCCAGCUGUUGGUGCAAAUUUUUAUAUGCAAAUGAAAAGCGAGUUAAAAGAUUUUCGAUUGGAUUUGAUAUUUUAUUUAAUUCGAAAGAAAGCACAAUAUUUAAUCUUCAAGGCACCUGAUGUGGAGGCAUGCGUGGAGUUUCCUAAAAACGAUACAGCUGUGUACAUGCAAUUGUUCAAAGAAAUGACUUUGAGGGCCGGUAAAUGGCCACAUUGUCCUAUUCCAGCGAAUUUUUAUUAUAAAUUUGAAAAUAUAACACCAAAUACCCAAAUGUUACCACCUUUUGCACCAGAAGUUUCUUUUAAAAUGGUGUUUAAUAUGAAAGAAAGAAAAGAAAGUGUUUUGGAGGUUGCGGUUUUUGGUAAAGUUAAUAGAAACAACUUGAAAGGAAAACGAACACAUUGAAAUAUCAAUAAAUUGAAUUUAUUUUGAAUAUUUUUGAUAUGAGUAUAUCGAAUGCUGAUGGAUUUUUAUUUAAAUUU